AUGUUUGAGAACCAAAUUUCCCCAAAAGAAAGCGAAGAAAACCUAAGUGAUUAUUACUCAUCUAAUCGCCAUACUAAUGGGAAAGAUGAUAAAAUUCACUUACAAGCUGAUGAUCAACUUAAUCGCUAUGUGCAGCUUUCAUGGGAAGAUGUAAAUUAUUAUGCAUCUGUUGAGGGUAAAAGAAUGCAUAUAUUAAAAGGCGUCUCUGGACAUGCAAAUCCUGGAGAAUUCUUAGCUAUUAUGGGUGCAUCAGGCUCAGGCAAAACUUCACUUUUGAAUAUUUUGGCAAAUCGAGCUAGAAGCGGAAAUAAAGCAGAAAUGACUGGGACUAUUUUCGCUAAUGGUAAAGAUACCAAAGAAUUCAAUAUAAGUAAGUACGCAGCCUAUGUUACCCAAGAUGACGUUUUACUCGCAGUGUUGACUCCAAGAGAUUGCCUAAAAUUUUAUUCCAAGCUAAGAUGCCCUGGAACAGAUAAAGAAAGACAUGCUAAGGUCGAAGAAAUUCUGAAUGACCUCAACAUUGCAAGAAUUGCUGAUAAUCUGAUUGGCAAUACAAUGAUUAAAGGAAUUUCUGGUGGAGAAAAAAAGAGGGUUUGCAUAGGAAUCGAGCUUAUGUCUGAUCCUUGCAUUGUUAUGUUAGACGAACCGACUUCGGGUCUAGACAGUUAUAAUGCAGGAGUUGUAGUCGAUUUACUGUUAAAGCAAGCUGCUAAAGGCAGAACAAUUAUUUCCACAAUCCACCAACCAAGUUCCAAUGUUUUUAAAAAAUUCGACAAACUGUUUCUUCUUGCUGAAGGAAACGUAGUCUAUCAUGGCCCAUGCGAUAUAUCAAGAAAAUAUUUCGCAGAACUCGGAUACAAAUGCCCAAAACAAGUAAAUCCAGCCGAUUACUAUAUGAGAAUGCUCCAUAUAACAAACAGACAUGAAAAAACAGAAGAGGAGCAAAACAAACUUGAUUUGUUUGUUGGAAGCUAUAACGAAAAUCAUGUAAAAGAUACUGAGUCAAAAUAUGAGCUUACCGAGCUGCACGAAAUAGAAGGCUAUCGUCCAAGUUAUUUGGUUGAAUUUUUGGAGUUACUCAAAAGAUCAGGCAAGCUAGCAGCCAAAAACAGACCCUUAAUAAAACUCCAUAUAGUAUUCUCCAUUCUUUUUGGAACUCUGAUAGCAUUAAUCUUUAAUGACAUAGGCAACGGUCAAAAAGCCAUGCAAAACACCAAUGGGGCUUUAUAUAUGAUUACUAUUUGGGCAAUAAUGGAAGGAAAUCAAGCAGUUAUUAUGAACUGUAAGAAUUAUUUAGAUUAUGUGGAGAGAGCGGUCUUUUUAAAAGAGCAUGAUGAAGGGCUCUAUGGAACAUUGACUUAUUUCUUACUCCUAUCUCGAAGCUAGCAAAACCUUUGUAAAAAUUUCCAAAAGCCACCUCCUUGAGCGAACGAAAAUUUUUAUGAAAAAAAUUUGCUAUAUAUAUCACUGAUAAUUAUUAUGAUAAAUUCUCUGAUUGAUCCUAUUUGAUUUCAAAAACGCUUGCAUCUUAGAAUAUAAAUUUUAUAAAGUAAAUUAAUUUUUACUUCUGUUCACUAACAGAAGGGGAGUUAUCGAAAAACAUUGUUGAUUUGCCAUGAACCUUCGUUGCUGGAUUUCUUACCAGUGUUAUAGCUUAUUUCAGUUUAGAUCUCAACCUCCAUGAUGGAUCUAAAUAUGUGAUAUUUUACUGCAUUUAUGUUAUGGCGCUGCAGUGUGGUAUGGCCUUUGGCUAUAUCACUGGGUACAUGAUGUCAAGUGUUGAAACAGCUCUUGCGUUUAGCACUGUCAUUCUUUUCCCUAUAACUGCAUUUGGAGGACAGCAUGUAAAAGUCACCUCAAUUCCGAUUGCGUGGAGAUGGAUUACCUAUCUUGCUGUAAAUAUUAUUUAGCCUUUUAAAUGGGUCUUUCAAGCGUUUACAGUUAAUGAAUAUACGAUUUUACUCAAAAAGGUCUUAAAUUUUUAAUCAAAAUAAUGGAUAUUUUAAGGCAAAUAUAUAAGAAAAGAAUAUACAAUGAUUGGGGGAGAGACUGUGAUAACUGUGAUUCUUUAGGACACUUGGGAUGGUCUGAUGAGUUAUGGCAAGGACCAGUUGGAAUUAUUGUGUUAAGCACCUGCGUACGGCUUCUUGCUUUCAUUUUAUUGAAGUUUCUAACUCGUAAUAAAAGAUCUUAA